UCGAACUCGUACUGUUUGCUGCCCAGCAAAUAGUUCAAAGUUCAGGAUGAUUACUAGGUUUCUUAGUAGCCCCGAAGCAGAGCCAGUAUCGGCGAGGGACCGGGCGGUACUGUCAGCUGUCGUGUAGGUGCACACGGGCAUGAUGCAUCGAUGGCACGCGUAGUCAGUUGCAAAAGAGAGUAAGAGUUCGUUGCUUUCAUUUGACAUACCUUUAGUAUGGAGUGGCCCUCCUGACUGGUUUUAAAAAUUGCUUAUAAAGGAAAGAAAGCAGAGCUAUGAUAGUAUCGUUAACAUGAGUUUAAACAGGUAGGGCGUCAUCUCUAUCGCGAUCGGAAAGAACCCAAGAACCUAGCUGAGAAUUAUGUUGCAGAGCGCUAUUCUCCGCGAUGGGGGUUGGGAUUUUAAACUUAAACUUGACGACGUGAAGGGCUUGUGUCAAAGAACAGCAAAAGUCGUCCAGGAUGUACCUAUUUGUGAAGUACAGGAAGAGGUAGGGAACAUAUUGUUGUCCGAAACAAAAAAGCGUAAAUUAGACCAGCUCCUUGCGAAUUACGAAGUUCCCAUUCUCGUACUUGGGCGGAAGGGAUGUGGAAAAUCGUGUAUAAUCAACGAGCUGUUAGGUGGUGAUUAUUUGCCCGAGCCCACAACUACACAAACCACGUUUCGGCUACGCUUCAGUGAUGACACUUAUGUCAGCUUGCAAGACAGCGAAGGGAAGGAAAUCUAUAGUCGUGUGAAACCUGAAUCUGAAAAACCAAAAGCCUUAAAGUGCACCAUAUCCAAGGAAAUUAAGGAAAACAGCACUCAAGCACAGAGUACCCCCGGCAGUGCCCUGACCGUCGAAGUGGGGUUAAAUUACCCAGGCCUUAGCAAGGUAAAGAUAGUUGAAUCCCCGGCCCUCGAUAAUCAAGCAUCAACCGAUAUCUUCGUCAACGAAUACCUCGCGAAUGAAUUUGACUCUCCAGUUGUCGUGUACGUCAUAGAUGGCAAUGAUGGAGUCAAGCUACAGGAUCGCUACAACAUACGCAAAGUGCAAGAGGCACUUCGACCAGCGUCUCGACAUGUUGAGUCAAACAUGCUGUGUGUUUGCAACAAAAUCGACGUCGAUAAAGACCAAGAAGAGCUAAAUACCGCUGAAGAUGAGGAAGAGGAAGGCGCGAGUUCAACUCAGCAAGUUGAUAAAGCAGCCAAGGUGUACGAAGAUUUGAAAUCAUAUGGGUACUUCGCGACAGAUCUAUCAGUCCUUAACUUUUACAAGAUCUCCGCGAAGAAUAUGCUACGUGAGCGUAAACGUGAAGAGAAGACGAGAAAAAAGUCUAAAGCACCGACUAAGUCACAGAAGCUAGCAACAGGCAAGGAGGACCAGGAGAAGGAACGAUUUCUAAGCUCCAUCGUAGACCGUACGAAGCUACUUGCAGACCAGAAGCUUGCAGAGGCAUUGGCAACAAUGAUAGUAGAUCAAAACCACUGUUUGAGCAUGCUGUCCCUUCAUCAGUUUGACAUGAUUAACAAAUGUGGCAAGGACUCAGCUAUAGGUAGACGUUGUGCAGUUGCUAUGACGAAGCUCGAGGAGACGUACGGCCAGCUUAACAGCCUUCUCAAUGAAGAAUUUGUGUUGUCUGCUAUUCGUAACGCAAUCGUAACAGCAGCUAAUCAUGAAAACUGCGACUGUGCCACGUUCGAACGAAUCCAAACAGACACUAUCAUAACGGAGUCUAGCUUUGACAUUGUACUACAACUUAUGUUGAUGAGUCACACGAGCAGAGUAAGGGAUACGCUAAGUAAGACUCUAACACAGCAGCUUCCCUCUCAUGCGACAACAGCAGUAAUCGCAGGAUUUUCUAAGUCGUUAAGUCCCGUUUACACUGCUUUCGACGAGGAACUAUCACAGAACGUAUGCGAAGUGGUAAUUGAAAACACACUGAGCGUUAUCUCAAAAGCUUUUGGCGUCGCAAUGAUAGAAGAAUCUUUCCUGUCAGUCGGAGCAAGGGGUUUAAGCUCCUUGGUCAGAGAUAUAUGGGGUGCGUUUGAAAGACAACUAUCCAGCUUAAGCCUCGAAGUGUCGCGUGUGCAGUCACUAGCUCUCGAACAACUGAAUGCUGAAUUUGUAAGAAAAAGAAGAUCACUCGAGCAAGUGAAACAGUUCAGCAUUGAGGCGUCGGAAACUUUCGAAACCCAUCAGUUGCUCGGACACGUUCGUGACGAUGUGGCGGAAUGCUACGUCAAAGCGCGGGCCAUUCAUUUUGGGCUAAAGGGUUGUGAAGUGUCGCUGACAGACGAAAUUGCUCGGGGAGGUCGUACUGUUACACGCGAAUGCACUACAAAAGGAUGGGGCAGCAUUGGCACCGUGGUCACGAAGGUACUCGAAAGGCAGAGGCUCAUCGAUGGUGAAUGGGAAAGAGCCCACUCGGCCCUGUUUCUCGCGAGUUACGUUCUGGACAACGGACGCACUCAACAUCUCACAGCCGUGUACGGAUGGCUGAUGCCCGACCCCAACACACUACAUGUCGUCACGGAGCGAGCAGAGAUGGACUUAGUGACUGCACUCCGCCGACGAGUUGCACUUCUCCCCGUGGACAAGCGUCGUGACAUCGCCCUAGAUGUAGCAAGGGGGCUGCAGGGGCUUCAUGACUUGGGCUUCGUGUUUGGAGACCUCAAACCUCGAAACGUUUUGUUAUUCCCCGGGCUCGUCGCCAAAAUCAACAUUGCGAAGUCACCGCGCCCCUUCUCGCCUACCACGGAGACAGGCACACCGUUCCACCUCAGCCCCUAUGUUUACCGGGCACACGGGCUGUCUGACGUCCGAGCCGACAUCUAUGCCUUCGGUAUGCUGCUGUGGUUCCUUUGGGAUGCCAGGUGCAGGCGCCCGGCUGUAUAUGCGAACUGUAGGGACAAUCAAGCAAUGGAGCAGGCUGUUUGCAAUGGCGUUCGUCCUGACAGGCCAGCAGAAAGUAAUGACCUCUGCUGGCAGUUAAUGCAACAGUGUUGGAACAUCGAAGACAGCAAGAUUUGUGCAAAUGAUGUGGUUGAAACACUCUUAUCUGACACACUUGCCACCAGUUGUAAUGUUCCUUCUUAAGUGUUCCUUUAGAACAAGGACUGGAAGCCUUGAAGAGCGUUCCGUAAUAUCGCCAAUUCUGGACAAAGACUCGGUAGAUCACGAUAUUAU